GUGUGAUCCUGACCGCCGUCGAGGUAGGACGCGCGUCCCCUUUCCGAGUUGUGUUACGAAAAUAGUAACGUCUAUUUGAUGGUUAUCUAUAUUUGUAUAUGAAGUGAAAGUGACUAGUACAUUGUUUAGUGUAACUUUAAAUACAGUGAAUUGUACAGUUGAGUCCAGUUUUAAGUGAUUUUUUGGACAGGAUUUUCUGAACGAAAUAUUCUGCGGGUGUCUAAAUGUGUUUAUUGGAUUUCGACCAGUGACAGUGUGAGUGACAAAAUGAUUCAGUGACGUGUUAACAGCUAAGUGUUAAGUGUUGUGUACAAAUAUGUGGUCAAGAUGAAGUUGUGGAAAAGCCUUAAGAUAUCGAUAGGCAGUCGGAGCGACCCUAAGUCUUACUCCCAGGAGUUGCCGCAGUGGGGUGGCCAAGGAUAUGAGUUGGAUGUGUUCAAAUCGCAGACUUCGUUAUCGACUGACUCCGGGCUGUGCACCGAGCGAGGGCUGCGAAGGACCCACAUCGAGCUCAUCAAACCCCCGGGGAAACGUAUCGGACUUAAACUGGCAGGGCGUUCAGAACCAGGCAUCGUACCUUCAAUAGUGGGCUUCACAAAGGACUCGGUGGCCCACGAGUCGGACCGGCUGGCUCCCGGAGACAGGAUCUGCAGCGUCAACGGCAUAUCAACAGCCAGGCUCACCAAUGAUGAAGUGCUUCGACUGCUGGACAAUGUCGAGGAAAGGGCCUCGCUGGAGGUCGAAUAUUAUAUGCCUAAUUAUGCUUCACAAAAUUCCCUGUACAUUACAACGAAGUUAGCAGAAGUUCCUGUGGAAAAAAUCAACGGGUCCCUUGGUAUUACCAUUCGUGGUGGUCUACCGGAGAACUCUGCUCCAAGUGCUGAUCUGGUGCUGAACAGCCGGUCUUUGGAUGCGCAGCCGUUGGUGGUGACCCAUGUCAGGCCUGGUGGGGCUGCGUAUAACACUUCUAGGAUAAAACCUGGGGAUAGACUGUUGAAGGUUGAUCACGUAUCCCUAACCAACAAAACGCUAUCAGAAGUCCACAACAUACUGCAAAACUGUCCUCAAGUAACUAGCCUCACGAUAGAAUACGACGUUUCCAUAAUGGAGUCAGUCAAGUUGGCCACAGGACCCCUCCUCAUAGAGAUAGAGAGACCUUGCAACGAAGACUUGGGGCUGUUCCUGACUAACCAGAGGUGUUCUGACGAUGUCUACAGUUCCGGGUCUGAUACUUACCAAAGAGUUGGGACGUGUAACGCUAUUUAUAUCGAUAGUAUUUUGCCUGCUAGUAUUAGUGACAGAUGUGGUGCUCUCCACCCUGGAGACCAGAUCCUGGCGUUUGAUGACCACGUGAUCGACGGCAACAACUACACAGCUGAAGAAGUGAUGUGCUACCUGGAGAACUGUGAGGGGGGGUUCACCAGGCUGCACGUGGCACCUCGCCAUGUGGUCGGACACUGUGGGAGAUAUACUAGAGAAAAUUCAAUAUCGGGUACAUCAACGCUAAACGCCAAGAAACACCGUCAGAGAAACUACAGGCAAAGCUCGAUGCCCAAACUAGGUUUACAAGACGAUUACGAUAGUCAACAAAACUACAUGAGCAUGGGAGUAUGUAGAACAGAGUCGUUGAACAUACAACUGGAAGUGCCUCCAGGACAGAGCUCAGGGUUAGCAGUGCAUGAAGAGAAUUCGAUGCUGGUGAUAUCCCAUGUGGCUUCGCAAUCACCAGCGUAUAGGUCGGGCUGCCUGCAAAUCCGAGACCGUGUGAUGUCGAUCAACGGCCAUGAGAACUUAACAGUUGAUGUCGCAAACGAGAUCCUGCAGCGAAGAAAUGAUUCCCAUAACCCGAAGUAUUUGACCUUGAAUGUGGAGUUCAGUAUGCCGAAUACCAUCGAAGCAUCUAGUGGGGUCUUCAAUGUUAAGCUGGCGAAGACCACUGCGGGAUUAGGGGUUACUAUUACAGAUACAACGCUAAGCGCUGCGCAGUCAGGCUGCGUUAGCCAAACAGACGUGCAUAAGGCAUGUCACGGGUGCAAACAAAAGCUGCUUAGCAACGAAGAGCCUAUGGUGAUUUCUGACAUCAAACCAGGGUCUGUAGCUCAUCGAAGUGGAGCUCUCGCGCCAGGAGACCAGCUCUUAGCCAUCAAUGGACAGCCACUGCAUAAUUUAUCACUGGACACAGCCUUCAACAUCCUCCAAAACUCACCAGAAGACAUAAUCACUCUAAAGAUCCGCAAACGAGAUCUCACAGAAGACUGGUCGAACAUACACAAGCAUAACGCUAAAUUAACUCUACAGAGCUUUAGCAAUAUCGAAACCAAAGCUGUGGUACAUAGUGGUGAAGACUCUGGUCAUCAUACUGAGAGUCCUAAUAAUAGUGCUAAAGAAAGUGAGAGGAGUCAUGGUAGCAAUGAAAAUGGUAAUGCUGUGUUUACUAUUGAGCUGAUUAAGCAAGAAAAUGGACCGCUUGGGCUGACUAUUGCGGGCAGUGAGGAUGUGACGCAACCUAUUUUGUUGAGUGGACUUGUUGAAGGUGGUGUGGCUGAAAAAUGUGGUAAACUAGCAAUAGGUGAUGAACUACUUACUAUCAACGGUGAGAGUGUUCUUAACAAACCGUUGUCUGAAGCAAUCAAAUUGCUACAACAAAGUGGACAGAGAGUACACCUGCAACUGUGUAGGAAAGUGACCGGUUCGGAGACAGAAUCCAGUGCGCGCGACUCCAGUCACUCGACAUCAAGUCCGGGAUUAUCAAAUGACAGCGCCGUCGAGUCGUGGGAUCAGAACACUCCCGUACGAACUAGCGCUAACUGUGUUUAUGUCAUAGGUAACUCCGAGGUCAUAGAGUAUGCAGUCCCAGACAAGACAAGAAUGAUGGACAAGCAACCUUAUUCCCCGACUGACGAAGACAAGCUCAUGGCAUCAAACUUCAAUUCAGCAGCACCAUACAGCAUCAACGACCUGCCUUUACCAAAUUACUCAUUGAAUAACUCUUUGAAGACUUUCCACUAUGAGAACACAUGUAUCAUUCCUGAGAACACACUAAAGAACAAAACAAAUAUAACAAGAGAAGAUGAUGUACAGCAAAUAGAAAUACUUACAACAAACAUGAAAGAUUGUCAACUGCAUAACAUGGAGAGAGCGUCUUGCAAAUGCGAUUACGUCCAAAUGGGUCCUUACGGGAUUGUGUCGCCCAAAACUAGAAGACCGAAUUGGGAUAGUGAUUACUUGAAUAAUGGAAUUUACACCGUGACAACGCCACAGAAAUCACCAAUGAAACCUGGAGUACCCGGAACCAGUUUUCAAUUCUCGACCAGUCCAAUUUACGAAAACGAAGUUCCAGGGCUCUACAGCACUGAAGCAGUAUCACCCGCCAGAGGUUCCGUCCACCACGUGAUUCUAUACAAGGAUGCUAUUUAUGAUGACUAUGGCUUCUCAGUGUCAGACGGCCUUUAUGAACGAGGAGUGUACAUUAAUAGGAUUCGUAAGGGUGGGCCAGCUGAUAUUGUGGGUCUGUUGAGGCCUUAUGAUAGGAUUUUGCAGGUGAAUGGAACAAGGACAGUGGACUACGACUGCUGCCUCACGGUGCCCCUGAUUGCCUCAGCUGGUGAUCGACUGGAGAUCGUGGUGCAGAGGCUGGUCACAUCCAGGGAACUGAGAAACCAGCGCCUCGACGACAGCUCAAGCCCAAGUGACAGUAGUAUUGUGACUAAGACGAUUUAGUGCAUAACCCGACUCUAGUGAAUUCACGCCAAAGACUCUGAAACCUCUAGUGUUAACUGACCUACUUCAUACGGCCGUAUAAUAAUAGUACUUAAUAUAGCUUAGAUAUUGUAUAUAUUUGUUAGUUCUGGGAUUAAGAAUAAUAGCGAAGCUUUGGGCCUUUUUAAUUGAAAUUAGGGAAGGUGUGUGAAUAACAUUUUAUGCCAUAAAUAUUGCUAUUUAUUUACUUUUCAACACUAUAAAAAAUUACAUGAUAGAUAUAGAUUGUAAAAAAGAUCGUGAAUCUAAUUGCCAGAAUAACGCGGUGUCCUGCGUGAGCGACGAACGCGACGCGACGCGACGCAACACGACGCGACGUAAUGCGACGCGAUGCUAUACGCGACAGAUGUCCUACGUGAUUUUGGUCAUUACUUCUCAAAUCAUGGAGAAGUUGUGUUACAAUUUUGCUUGAAAGUUCAUAUUUAAAGUACAGACAGCAACAAUAUUCCAACUUGUUUGUACUAAUAAACGAUUUCUUUAAUAUUUAUGUUUUUUUGUCCCACAACAAUCAACGCUUCUGAAUAGUUCGCGGUGUCGCGUCUGGUCGCCCUCAAAACAAGUACGCGUUACGUCGCGUCUCGCCGCAGACUGUCACAUAGGCCGCAUGUAGGGAAUUCCUUUGAGUUGAUCGCGUUCGUCGCGUUCGCAGCGUCGCGUCGCGUCGCGUUCGUCGCUCACGCAGGACACCGCGUAAGGAAAAAAAUAAUUCCGGAGAAAAUAAAAUACCGAUUUAUGGUGUUAAUGUUAUUCUAUAGAAUGGUGCAAAUAAUAAUAAUGUAAUGUAAAAUUAAUUAUUAAUGUCUACAUGGAUACGUAAAAAAGGCAUGAAAAUUCUAGAUAUCGGGGGCUUUAGGUUGAACAUAAUCUAAAUAUUAAAUAGGUGAAGGUAUUAUCUUAUGGUUAUUUAAAAUUACAUUUGUGUGUUUUAUUUGCCAUCCACAUAAUAUAUUGUAAUUUAUAUCUAAAUACCAAAAUAAUAAAUAAUUCUGAAUACUAUAAAACAAUAGCAAUCGAAUUUUGAAAAUAAUUUAACAGAUAAAGUGUAAAUACCUACUUAAAAAAAAUUUCAUACAACUUAUAAGUUGUAUGAAAUUUUGUAUUG